GCCGGCAGGCAGCCAGUUCGCAUGUCGACUUGCUGGCGGCCGCACGUCCGUCCCGUGAGUGUCGUACCCGUGGGAACCCUUUCGCGUCCGCAGUGCGGAUUGGCCGUGGCGUGACGGUCACGACCCUGCCGUGGCGACGCGUCGCUCCUCGUGACACGAUCGUGACACGAUCGUGACGACCCUUGUGGAUUACCGCUGCUGCAUACCGCACCAACCAGCAUGACAGUGGAGCUUGCUGCCGGUUUUUGAAGAGUGUGCGUGUGAAGUGACAGUGCCGUGACCAAGUGUGACGCAGUGUGACGAUCGUGACAGUGACACCAUGAUGACUGGAUUGCUCUCUCGCGGGGGCUGCGGCGUGAUGAUGCCGGGUGGUGCCGGCCUCUGCGCCCCCGAGAGCUCCCCCGAGGUGACGUCCUCGUCGGGCUCCCUGGGCGCCCUCGGCCUGGGCUCGCUCGGCGCCCUGGGCGUCGUGGCCUCCACCUCCCACGGCCUUCCCGGCCUCGGACACCACCACCACCACGGCCUCGGCGCCGGCAUGGGCGCCGGCAUGGGCGCCAACGGCAGCGGGGGUGUCAUCAGCCCCACGCACUCGCUGGAGUCGUCGGACAUCGGCGACGUGGACCUGGAGCUGUGGGACCUGGACCUGCACGGCAACCCGCAGCCCCGCCAGAACAUGAUGAUGCAGCACAGGCUGCACGGACUGCAGGGGCUGCCAGGGCUGCCAGGGCUCCCCCAGGGGCACUCCAACUUUGUCGGCACCAGCCACUGCUCCGACACGAGCGAGUCCAUCUCAGGGCGAGAGGACUUGUCGCCGCCGAGCAGCCUGAAUGGCUACUCCAUGGACAGCUCGGACGUGAAGAAGAAGAAGUCCGCGGCGCCCCGUCAGCAGGAGGAGCUGUGCCUGGUGUGCGGGGACAGGGCGUCGGGCUACCACUACAACGCGCUCACCUGCGAGGGCUGCAAAGGCUUCUUCAGGAGGAGCAUCACGAAGAACGCGGUCUACCAGUGCAAGUACGGCAAUGGCUGUGAGAUUGACAUGUACAUGCGGCGGAAGUGCCAGGAGUGCAGGCUCAAGAAGUGUUUAGCGGUCGGCAUGAGGCCGGAAUGUGUCGUACCUGAAUACCAGUGUGCAGUCAAGCGGAAAGAGAAGAAAGCCCAGAAAGACAAGGACAAGCCUAACUCCACCACAAAUGGGUCUUCGGAUAUCAUUAAAGUGGACGAACAGGGCAAGUUCUGUUUGGCUCAGGUGGAUUCCUGCUACAGUGCUGCUAAUGGAGGCACUAGCAAUGUUGAUAAAGCAUUCCCAGUGCCUGUGAAUGGCGUGAAGCCAGUCAGUCCUGAACAGGAGGAACUUAUUCACCGUUUGGUUUACUUCCAAAAUGAGUUCGAACACCCCUCAGAUGAAGAGCUGAGACGCGUCAAUGUGUCAAGUAUAGACAUUCAAGACGAUGGUACAGUUCGGUUCCACAACAUCACAGAAAUCACUAUUCUCACCGUUCAACUCAUUGUGGAGUUUGCCAAGCGGCUUCCUGGUUUUGACAAACUUCAAAGAGAAGAUCAAUUGGCACUGCUUAAGGCGUGCUCGAGUGAAGUCAUGAUGCUGCGAAUGGCGCGGUGUUACGAUGCGGCCACAGAUUCGAUCGUGUUUGCGAACCACGAACCGUACAACCGAUCGGAUUAUCUUCAUGCUGGAUUCGGCGACGUUGUGGAGGACCUGUUGGCGUUCUGUCGCCACAUGUGUGGUCUGCGAGUGGACAACGCGGAGUAUGCCCUUUUAACUGCUGUGGUAAUAUUUUCAGAUAGACCAUCACUUAAUGAAGGUUGGAAAGUAGAAAAAAUUCAAGAUAUUUAUGUAGAAGCCCUCAGAACAUAUAUUGAGAAUAGGAGACAGCCCCGGCCAACCACCAUCUUUGCCAAGCUGCUCUCAGUUCUUACUGAACUGCGUACGCUGGGAAAUCUGAACAGUGAACUGUGCUUCUCCUUGAAGAUCAAGAACAAGAAACUUCCUCCUUUCCUGGCAGAGAUCUGGGAUGUUGCGGUGUAAUUGUGUGUUUCUGUGUUAGAACUGCAUUUUGCAGCCCCAGAAUGAACCUCAGUGAACUCAUCUUGCAUCGAUUUGUGUGGUCUGGGUGUGGACAUGAUGCUGUUCUUUCUCCUCAAGUGUUACUGUGUGUGAGAAGAAGAUGCAAACCUUCAUGCACAUACCAAGACGACCCAAGCAUUCAAGAGCAAUUCCAAAGUACACUACUACGAGAGCUAUGAAUCCCUUUCAUGUUCUGUGGUUUUCAUAGAUCUCUCACAACAAUUUUGGAGAUUUCUGUGGGUUAGUCAGGAAUUUCACUCCUUAGUGAGAUGAAAUUGCUUUAAGAAGUGAUCGAAAGUGAUUUGUUACCCCCUAUCUGAAUGUGGCACCCUUUAAAGGUUGUGAUGAGAAUGGUUAUGUUUGAAACUUUUUAUUAUAUUAUUAUUAAUAUUAUUAUUAUUACUAUUAUUACUAUAAUUUGGUUAUUUGGAGGUGAAUAUAGGCUGGAGAUUGAACCAUCCUCCGAUUAACGCCACCAAAAUGCAGGCUGUGAAAUAAAUACAUAAACCUACUAAUUUUAGCAUGAACUUUGUAUAAAAAUAAUGUACAAAAGUUUGUGUAGUUAGAAUUUUAGCUCAUGAGGAAAUGUGUUUAAAAACAUAUGUAAAGAAUCUAUUAUAUUGUAAAAAGAAAUGUGUAGGUUGAUUAGAAAGAGUUUUUAUGAUUGUAAAGCAUGCCUAUAGCACAGAAAAAAGUGAUGAUUGUUGAAUGGUAUUAAAUAUUUUUGAACAGAGAUAUAAAUAUUUAUAUUAAAAGCAUUGACAAAACCAAGAAUGAGACAGUGAUAAAAAUUGGUGCCUUUUCUGUAGCUUUGACACUGGUGCAGCAAAAUUUGAUAAUUGGGUAUUGAAUGAAGAUUUGGAAGUCGCAGAGAGAUAUAGUCUGGCCUCCGACUGAGUAUGACAUACCACCAUGCUCCUAUCACAGCAUGUAACAUCUUUAAAUAACCGUCCGUCGUACUUUUAUAAGAACUCUGAAGUUUUUUGUUAAAAUCUAGUUUGUGUCCUGAAGCCUAUUGCAACACUCCUGUGAAAUGAGGUAGAUGCUGUAUCCCCAUGUUCGAUUUGGAAGUGAAGAUUGUGAGUGAAUGACAGCGCAUUCGUUAUCUCAACUCUUAUUUCCUAGUACAUUCUUACCUAUUAUGUAUAUGUUAUGGUUUUCAUAUAUUCACUGACAUAAGUUCUCAAUAGCACGUAAUAGUCAAACUUCAGGAUUACCGAAAGUAUUUUUUCCAUGAAAAAGUACUGGCAGUACAAAUCUUUGCAUUAUGUUUCCCUUCUGUUUCUUUUAUUUUUAAAUUUUCUGUAUCUUUAUGGUAUUAAGAAAAUUCUUGAACUAUUUCUGACUGAUAGAACUCUUCAGGAAUAUACUUCUGCUUUAUCACAAUUUGUUUACUUGUUAGAAAAUUCUGUUAAUAAAGAUUUUUGUUUACAAUUUUGGUAAAAAAACAACAAAAAUUAGUUUUUUUUUGUUUUUCUUUAAUUCUACCUGCCUUGAAGGAGAAUACCUCAUUCGCAAUAUACCUGGAGUUUGAUAUGUUAAAACUGCCAUCAUUUGAAACCUUUAAACCUUUUGAACAUUUAUGGACUGGUAAACCUCAAACAAUGUCCAUAUGGCAUCACAUGAAGCUCACAUCCAGGUAUUGAAUACCUUAGACUUUUUACAAGUACUGGUAUUAUUAUCUUGGUUUGAGUGUGUAUUGCUCCUCCACACCACUUUUGUACAUCAAUUCAACAACAUUGUGCUUUACUACAAUAUUUUAAUUGUGAAUCUCUGUCUUUUACUUUUUAAAAAAUUACAUCUGGGAACUUAAAUGGAAGAAAUUGUCUUUGGUAUGAUUCUAUUUGGAAAUGAAAGUAAUACUUAUAGUCUGUAAUGAAAAUCAACUGCCUAAAUUUGCUCUCAAUAUUUCUAGUUCAGUUGUGGUUUUGCUCUAUGAAAGAGUACUACAUUUUUAGACUUGAGAUAUUUGCCUUUGUGUACAUAAGCAUUAUUCUCUUUGAUAUGUGUUGUCAUCUCAUAAAAUCAAAGUUUUGUAAUAUCAGACUAGUGGUAACCCAGUCCACCUCUUUAAAGGGGUGAAUAAUUAAAGAACACUGCCGUUUUGAACAUGUUGGACAUACAACACUGCAUUUUGCAUUUAACUACAAAUCUUCUAUUAUGCCUUUUUAUCGCCACUUUGUAAUCUAAAGCUUGGUCAUUCAUAGAUUUCAGAGAGUUUUCAGUGUUUGGGGUAUGUCAAAUCUUCGGAUACUAUGUGUGAAGAGUUUGAGAUGUUACUUUGAUACUGAUCACACCUGUGUUAAUUUGAGAUGCCCAUAUUCUCAUUGAUGGGUACAAAACAUGCUAUGCUAUGGUGAAGCACUGAAAACUCUCAUUUGUAAUGCAGGAACUUGAUCACUGCCAUGUAACCUUUCAUUAACAUUUUAUCCAGUUCCCUUCCUAUUAGUAGACUGCUGAUGUAAUGUGUUCAGUCUGUAGAUCCUACCAUGCAUCUUCUGCGCCUUAAAUACCUAGCACUGCUUUUAAGUAACUCUUUCUCUGUGUUAAUCUUCUCAAUACUCUUAAAGCAGUAAAUAUCACUGUAUUUUCUUUUGUAAAAAAAAGUAGCCAUAAAGAGAAAAAAAAAAGAAUAACCAUGAGGUCUUUUACCCAUGUGGUAAAUAAGUCAGAAACUAGUAGUAUACCAUUCAUUGAAUUUGUGAUAAUUAUGAAAUUUUUACCUGUAUUCAUUUUUCUUUUAAUUGGACAUUUUGAAUUAUGGGAUUUUAGUUGUAUUGGAGUCAUGCUUUUUGAAGCUUGCCCUAUGAAUUAGGAAUUUUCUUGAAGAAAUCUUCCCUUGAAUCUCUGUUGAUUCAUUUUGGGUGCAUGAAAUAUUCUCAAAGAAAACAAACUUUUUUUACAUCUUCUACAUGUUGAUUGCAUGGCUGUAGGAAUGGAAAAAGAAGGUCAUGACUUAUGAACUGCUGAUGGGAACUGAUAAUUUGAUGGUAUUGUCGAGUAGACAUUUAUCUUUAACACUGACUGAAGGAAAAAGAGUGAGUACAUGAAAGCAGCUAUAUACUCCAGCACUGCCAAGAUUUUAACAAUAUUAAUAUGAAAAUGUUUUUGCUACCUCUUUGAAUGGUUAUUUGUUGGACUCACUGCCUAUAACUCUGCAUGGAUUGAUGAUCAAGAUGUAUUUGUGAGGGACUCUAAAGUUAUCAACUGGCUUAUUUACCACUUGUCUAUGUGCAGUUUGUAUCUGUUAAUCAUGGCGAAGCUCAAUUCAUAGUGAGCAAAUCCAUAUUACAUUGUUAUAGAUUGUGUCAUUCAGAAACUGCCAUUCUUUGUGUCUUUUUUUAAAAUGUUCUUUUUCAUACGUAUCCAUUGUGCAUGUGUUAAUUGUUACAAGGUACAUCAUCUUGACUACAUUGCAGUUGGUUCAGAAAUUAGCUGGAAGUUACUGCACCUAGGUAGUUGGUCUAAAUCCCUGGUAUAUUGCAAACAUUGCCUCAUUCUACUCUAAUGUGUAUUUUUGACUUAACUUUUCUGGAAGUUUCUUAAUAUUUCCAGAAGUAAGCGACUUGUAUAUUUAUCUAGAUCCAAAAUUGCAAGCGAAAACAUAGAGUGUGUGCCCUAUGUGCCUUCAGUAAUUGGAGCGUUACCUACUAGCAGCUAGCUUGAGGUAAACUAGCAUGUUUGCUGCACAUAGUAAUCACUUAAAUUAACAGUAUGUAUGUUGUAAAUUGAAGACUUGCACUUGCCUUGUGCAACCUGACAGCCAAUUUAAUGGAGACUAAGCUGGAAAAUCUAACUGGCCGGUACUGACAGAUUUAAUUGAUGUCUGGUAUUUUGAAAGUCUGUUAAAGUGUAAGAUUAACUAGGUCCCUAGGUUCCAAAGACAAGACCCUUGGAUGCUUGCUGUAAUAAUUCUUUUCAUUUUUUAUUUUAUAUUACAAAUUGUAAUACACGAUAAAAAUUUUGGGAAAUAAUUGCUGUGUUUGGUCUCAUCACAAAUUGGUCUCCUCUAUGUAACGCAAAAAAUUGCUCAUAAUUUCCUAAAGCAAUCUGCUUAGAAAAUUGAGUCAGGGCUUGAUACUAAACUGUGUGUGAUGCUUCAAUGUAGUAAUUUUAGUGUGUGAUGGCAAGUCGACCCCUCCCAAGAAAACCAUUCCAUCCUUUCCGCGCGUUAGGAUACUAUCCCAGCUCAUUGGUUAAAAUUGUAGUAAGAGGUCGAUUCCCAAUAUUUCAGCUUUCCAAUAAUUUUAAAGCGCUUUCUGGGGCCAUUGGUGGAGGAAUAGCCAGUGAUACUGUCACCAGGCAAUGUUCGCUAACUCCCUAAUCACUGGGUUAUUUUUCGUAUCUUGCUCGAAUUCACUCUCGUUUUUCUUGAGUGUUUGUCAACCACUCUCCUGAUUCCCUGAAAAGUUGGCAUGGUUUUCUUAAGAGUAGUCAAAGUAAAUGUGCAGAAAGUUAUCAUGCAUCCUCUGAGAAUUAUAGGGCAUACUAUUUGAAGGGUCAGAACUAGAGAGACUCUAGAGCCUCUCUAGUCAGAACCAAGAGCAGAUCAGGCGACGGAAGUUUGAAAGAUAGCAACUGUGCUGGUUUCCUUCGAUUGAACAACUUUUGUUUUACCAUUCAGUCUCCAAAAUUGUGUAAGAACUUUCCCAAGAACCUCCCUAAGAAUAAUGCAACUGGCAAUGUGCAUAGCGUCAAGAAAUCUCUAGUGGCUGUGCUUUUGAUUGAAUUAUGUUCCAAAAUAAAACCCGCAUGCAAUUUGUAGUAAAUCUAAUCCAGUCAAAGAACAUUUUACUAUUCUUAAAAUUUCCAGAACUGUUCAGGUUUACUCUAGAUUUUUUUUAAAUGAAGGUAUUUAUUCCAUGAAGUUUCUUUUGCUAUCUUUCCUGAUUCUUACUCUGAUAUUCAAGUGAAAUGAAUGUGACUUAUGUGUUGUUUUGGAUAUUUCUUUUUAUUUAUUUUUGUUUUUGGUGUAGUGUUAUGUAGUGAAUGUGAAACAUGUACCAUUUAAAAAUGAAAGGUUGGAUAGAUGUGAGGGCUGUGCAGACACACACAGUGAAUGACGCUGAGUGACUACAGGGACACUGCAUGUGGACUUGACUCACUUACAAACAGAAUGCAGUAUUAUUAGACUAAGUAAACCAACAAUUCACAUCAAUAUUUGGUGAGAACGGUUUUUAAAAAAAGUGCUUUUAGGUGUUUAACACUUGGAUGUGGACCUUAAAAGUCGGAUGUUAUGAAAGGAUGCAUGAUGGUAGGUUGUGGGUGUGAUGCCCCUCAAGGGCACUGUUGUUUAUAAUGUACAGAUCAAUGUAAAAUGUGAAGAAACAUAUGAUGUAUUGUAAGAACUGCUCUUUGUGUACUGAAUGGAUAGCUAGUGUAUGCAAUAUGAUGGUAGGUAGAUAUUUGAAAGAGGUGGGAUAUUUCAGUGAGCUCUAUGUAAAAAGCCUAAGGGGAACUCAUAAAGUUAUUGUUGAUCAUUCUCUACAAGUAGUAAUAUUGUAGGAUUAUUGUGCGCAUGGUGAAUACUUGUGCUGUAUAUAUGUAGAAAAUAUAAUUUACCUUUCCCCUUAGUAGCUUUUUUAUAAAGUUCAUCAGCAAAUUUUAUGGCAAGAAUGAUGUAUAGAUAUAAAUUUUUUCUAUUUUGUGCAGUAAAUUGACACUACAAACUA